AUGGAUCACAACCAGCAUUAUCACUUUGCAGAGUGUCGAGCGGUGAUGCACAAAGACGUUAAAGAGGUAUUCACGCCCAUCACGUUCGAGGUGGCGUACAGCCUGGGGAAGCACGUUGUGACGGGGCAUCAGGAGCGAGAUCUGCCUGCACUUACACCGGUGCUACGAUGGAGGAAAGGAAACAAGGUCGCCGUGAGGAAUGAGACGUGGUUUGAGAAGAACUGCCUGUCAGACGACUGCGCCGCAGACCUGAGGCUUCAUGGGAAACUGCUGCUCUCUGGCCUGCACAGCGGUCACCAUUUGGCCCUGGGAGGAGUGAAAAAUGUCUCUCUGAAUCUGACCAUCUCCAACACGGGAGACGACGCCUACGACACCAACAUCUACUUCAACUUCUCCAGAGAAGUUUUCUACAUCAACUUCUGGCAGCGGCAAGAGAAGGGCAUUUCCUGUGGACUUGUCGAUUUGGACUUCCUCAAAUGCAGCGUGGGAUUUCCCUUCAUGAGAGCUCAGACUAAGUAUCACUUCGCUGUCAUCUUUGAUACCAGUCAGCUCUCCGGGGAAAAUGAGACGUUGCAGUUCUUGGUUCAAGCUAAAAGUGCCAAUCCCGAGCACAAACUCUCCGACAACACUUUGGAUUUCUCCAUCCCUCUGGUGCAUGAGACCGACACGACCAUUACUGGCGUGGUCACUCCGAGCUCCUUCGUGUACGGGAACUCCAUCGAUGCCUCGCGCUUCGUCCAGCUGGACGACAUGGAGUGCAACUUCCAGCCUCUGAAUCUCACGUUCCAGGCCAUUAACAAGGGGCCCAGCAGGCUGCCUGGCUCCACCGUGGACAUCAGGAUACCCAACCGUCUGGCUGGCAGCGGAGCCGACAUGUUCCACAUCAUUGAAACACAGGUGGCCGACGGCCGAGGGAACUGCACCCCUCACAGGAACCCGACACCGUGCACCAUCCCCCAGGACAGAGACAGCAUCUUCCACUCCAUAUUCGCCUUCUUCACCAAAUCGGGACGAAAAGUCUUGGAUUGUGACCGUCCUGGAAGAGCGUGUAUGACCAUCUCCUGCAGUCUGGGUCCACAGUUAAAAGAAGAAGCUUUAAGCAUAGACAUAAAACUUCUACUCAACACUGAAAUUCUUAAAAGGGAUAGUUCCUCUGUGAUCCAGUUUGUGACGAGGGGCAGCGUGCAAGUAAGCGACCGAGCGGUUGAGGUGCCAAACGGCCUCCCAGACGACCUUUCCCUGGUUUUCGAGGCGCUCCACAGUCAAGAGCCGAGGGGUUACGUCGUCGGCUGGAUCAUUGCCAUCAGUCUGCUAGUGGGAAUCCUCAUCUUUCUGCUGUUGGCUGUGCUGCUCUGGAAGAUGGGAUUCUUCCGCCGGCGCUACAGAGAGAUCAUCGAGGCCGAGAAGAACAGGAAGGACAGCGAGGAAAGCUGGGACUGGAUGGAAAAGAACCACUGAGAACCUGCACCGUGGGGGUCCCAGAGGAGCCAAUGAGAUUAGGGAUUGGGUCAGGGGGAAGGAUCCAAUAGCACGUGGUCUCGCAUCCCAGCCGCCGCCCACAGUGGCACCUUCAGUCUUCCAUAUGUGGAAGAGGAGAAUUUCCUCCAUAUUUUUUGGAGACUUGAUGUAUUUUUUUGUAUUUUUUUUGUGGGUGGGGGUCCAGGAAACAGGCCUCUGAGGUGACAGCGCGGCUUUGCCAGAGGACACUUUGCUGUGGAAUUCAGCUAAUCUCAACGGAGGGAACUCCCGGGCCAGCAGAGCAGAGCUGUUGAUGGAAACCUACAUCCCGUACGGGGGAUGUGGGGACGCCAUGAAUACUGGUGGACAACAAAACCCUCAGGGCUGUGUUACAUAGCAAAUUUAUUUUUAUACAUAAGCCAUAUAGUGUAAAACUGGGCUCAGAGAAGAGUUGGGGGAUUUGAAGGCCAUUAUAAACAUACUGCAUGUGGACGGUAUGUUUUCCUAAAAAGCACUGAUGUUUGAUAAAGAAUGAAUGCCUUGGCUCCAUAGCUUCACUUUUAAUGCCAAAGAUAUGUCCUGUAUAGUAAAGGAUGGAGUCGUUUGUAUAUUCAGCUCUUCCUGGGAGUGAAAGAUUGUAUCUUUUCUUUACUAUGUCCGGCUAAUGGAGAUCUUUAAAACACAUCUGACCGCCUGCUCUCUCACAGAUAAUCAGCCGACUUUUAGACGUACAUAUGCAGGAUUAAAACCUGUGUCAUCUGAUCGUGUCAAAGCUGUGUCAGUCAUGCAGAAGUCCAAGUGAAUGCUCUUUUCUGAACGGGUUUCCACUGCAAAAACCAGAAUUCAAAAGUUAAGGUCUAUGACUCGUUAUGAGCAUUUACUCACCAGACGAUUUAAAGGCCUGAUUUGCACCAUAUCCCCCCCAUAUUCCCCCAUAUCAAUCAGGGGGGCGUGGCCAGAUUCUAGGGUUGUUGUUCCUGAUAUUUUGUCCAAAGAAGUGUGUGGUGUCACUAAAAAUGAAAAUGAAAAUGAAAAUGAAAAUGAAAAUGAAAAUGAAAAUGAAAAUGAAAAUGAAAAUGAAAAUGAAAUAUUUGUGAAUCCAAGUUGGAGUCCGCCUCCGACCGAAAAUACCCGAUGCAGCCAAUGAGAGCGAGCAGACUUGGAAGCGUCACCAACCGGAUUCUUGCAUUCUCUGACAUCUCACCCCUCACUCGCGGUCUGAAAGUAAAUAAAGCUGCACGUGAUCCGUCUUCUCAGCACAGAUUUCAUCCGUACUGUUUUCCUCAUUUCCUGUUAUAAGCUGCAGAACAGAACACACAGCGGGAGAGCUGACAACAUCCAUCGUCCUUAUUUGAUUUUCUUCUGAAAUCACGUUUGAUCACACAAGAUUCUAUGAAAGCGUUACCCCCAAUUUGCACAUACUCCAUGCACACAGUCCAUCAGUUGCUGCGCACUAUGCCAUCGUUUGCCGCCACUCUAGUCAAUCUUUAUGUUUCCACAGCGAGCGCCAAAGUCAAAGUAGGAGUAAAAACUCUUAUGGUAGCUUUAAUGUGGCACAAAUACUUAUCAUACCUUUUUUUCAUGAUCUGACUUCUACAUUUUUAAGAUUUUGCUAGAUUUCCAUUUUUGUAUUUUUUUUCCUCUCUGCCUUGCUUUGGAUCUACAGAUGCUUUGAAAUUGAAGCAAAUGAUCUGAGGCUGUUGUGCAAAGAGCUAAUGCUCAGGUAUGCUGCUGACGUUUUUUUUUUUUUAAAGGCCCCUUACAGUUUCAAACGUCAGCUUAAAAACAUUUGAAUCUCCCUAAAAAUACUGUAGGGAAUGAUCCAGUGUUCAAUCUGACAUGACACCUGAUCAUGAUUUACUCCCAAGAAACUUACCAGACUUCACCUUCGCGGCCCAUAUUUAGUUUUACUACGAUGUUAUUAGGCAUUGGGUUUUUCUGCAUGAAACGUGAUAUACUGUACGUUACUCUCCACGGCCAGAUGAGCGUCAGCGAUGGGAGUCCACCUUCAAGUCAUUUUACGGGGGCCCGUGGAAUGAGUAAUGCCCUAAAAAUAGUCGGGAAUGUGCUGCACUCAAUCACUACACAUAAACGAGCUCUUUGGGGCUCCUGGGAAAAGCUUAUUUUAAGUCAACAUGGAGGAAUGUCAGCGCCGUGAAAAUGUGCCACUAUUAAAGUUCACAGCUUUAACUCGGCUUGUUCUUGAGACCCUUCAAAGCUGGGCCGGAUUGUUGGAGAAUUUUGCAGAAAACAGACGAUUAAUUUCAUCUGAAAUAUCCAAAUAUAUAAAAGUAUGAUGUUUUUUUUAACAGAUUUUAUCUCUUAAACUUAAAAGCCAGGCUCUAAAAGUGAUGUUUAAUGUUUGUUAGAUGACCCUCGCCUGAUAAUCACAGCAUCAAAACAAAGAUGUAACUCUGAGGUCUGGAGACUUCGGGCAGUUUUGCAGAAAACCAGAAUCAGAUAUUUUAACGUGCAAUUCCAAACGGACAAAAAAAAUGUAUUUGAAUGUUUCACACUUUCCUUUAAACUUCAGUGCAAAGACACUUUAUGGCUCUCUCUGGUUGCUUUUCUAUCUGUCGUGCUGUAUGAAUCUUUUUAUUUUAACAUUUACUUCCACUGGCAUGACGGCCUAUACUGUACACAUUCACGUCUUCCCUCUGCACAAAGCCACACUGCAGAGAAAUCGACACUUGACUUUUUUUUUUUUGGGUUAAAUUCUAACUGUGAUGGUUAUAUUUUUGUUUGUAUGUUUUUUGUUAAUCACACCGUUAUUUGGGGUUUUUGUUCCGAGUAUACUACUGUCACUGAGUAUCAUUUCCAGUAUAGAGUGCUGUAUGUUUGAUGUUUAAAGUCAUGUUGGAGCUGAAUAUUUAUCUGUUGAUAAAUUUUAGAUUGAA